AUGCCCUUUUCGGAAACAGCGUCUUCCCCUUGGAAACAAGACGCACCUUCCCCUGGUGGACCUACAUACAACAACAAAGCAACCACUUUAAACAACCCUUUGUCGUUCACUUCCAGCCCUCUCUGCAAAACCUCUUCCCAUUGCAAGUUUCCUUACAGCAUUUUUACUUUCCUUCGCCUCUCGGUCCACAGCGCCCUCCGGCAUCUGCUCGGCCACGCCAUGACGUAUUCCCCGCUGCUGGUCCCCGUCUCGCUGCUGCUCCCCAUCUGCCUCUUUGUUUUCGUUGCUGCCGGCGCCCUCGAGUCUCCGUCCGUCCGCGCGUUUCCCUACGUCGUGCUCAUGACCAUUGUCUUGAUGCAGUUUCGUCUCGUUGCCUACUACUUUUACGUCACCAGGAACCCGGGGCUGCAGCUGUUGGCGGCGUAA